AUGGAGGUGUUUACUCGACGUGCAUUGCCUGCAUUCCGCCAGGCGCAGCCGUUUUGCGCGACCAAGCCCAUCACUCGAAGCGCCAUCACUUGGGCAAUCCAAGAUCAUUGGGAAGACCCCAAAGGACCCCAAGGUAUUGACCGGCCCAGUCCCAAGCUUGCAGACAUAACACCGGGAAGUCCACAGUGGCUUCGAGACCUUCAUAAGAAUGGUUGGGCUCUUGUUAAAGGAGCCGUCCCCAAGGAGAGGGCCUUGAAAUACGCUGAAAAGGGAGAGGAGUGGCUGGAGGGAUUCAACAUGGGAUACAAACGAGACGAUCGUUCCACUUGGAAGUCGGGAAACAUUCCCAGACACCGUUAUGGAGGACUGUUUGAUCAUUUCUCCUUUGCUCAUGCACAGUUUGUCUGGGAUUGCAAAUCAGAACCUGGAGUCCGAGACAUAUUUGCCAAGAUCUGGGGUACAGACAAGUUGACCGUCUCGUUUGAUGGUGGUACAUUGGCAUUCCCUACGCCGGAAGAGGCUGACCACGGCAAGGAGCCUUGGCCACACUCGGAUCAAAGCGCAUACCGACCACACCCUCAUUGUAUUCAGGGGCUACUCAACCUUCUUCCAAACGGACCGGAUGAUGGUGGUCUAGCAGUCAUGACCGGCACAGCCCCCCUUUUUGAGCAAUAUUUCAAGGAACAUGAGCCUCCCGAGGGUGGUUGGAUUAAGCGCGACCUGUUCAAUUGGACCAACGAAACACUGAAAUGGUUUGAAGACCACGGUUGCAAAUGGGUCAAGCCAAGCAUGGAACCAGGUGACUUCAUUCUUUGGGACUCAAGGGCAGCUCAUUACGGUGCUGCACCCCUCUCGGACAAUAAGCGAAUGGCAAUUUACAAAUGCUACAAGCCCAUCGAGUUCAUGAGUGAAGAGCAGCGUCAGCGCAAGGUCGAGGCAUUCAAGCGCGGUUACAUGACGUCCCACGAUCCUACCGACUUUGUUCUGAAAGAGCACCAGUUCGCAGAUUGGAACAUUCUGCACCCUUAUGGACCUCCCACUAUUAACAAGGAGACUCAGCAGGCUAUUGGUAUCAUCCCAUAUGAAUAA